UGAGCAUAACUUUACAUUUUGUUGCAAGCAAUUAAUUGCUAUGUUAUCGUGUGUAAUAACUGUAUUUAUUUGCAAGUAAUUACUUUGAUCUUUGCUCGUCUCACUUUCUUCGUAACACUUUAGUUUUUGCUUGUUGUUAUUGUUUAAUUUAGUGAAAAUGGUUCGUGUAUUUGUUAUUGGGGUUGGAAUGACAAAAUUUGAAAAACCUGGAAAAGGUGGUGAUUAUCCUGAUUUAGCUAAAGAAGCCAUUGUGAAAGCACUUCAAGAUGCCAAGACAUCAUUUACUGAAAUUGAAAAGGCUGUGGCUGGUUAUGUGUAUGGUGAUUCCGCUUGUGGACAGCGUGUCAUAUAUGAAGUUGGAAUGACUGGUAUUCCUAUAUUUAAUGUUAACAAUAAUUGCUCAACUGGUUCCAGUGCUUUAUAUUUAGCUAAGCAGUUGGUUGAAACUGGAAGCAAUUGUGUAUUAGCUGUUGGAUUUGAUAAAAUGGAAAGGGGUAGUUUACAGUCAAAGUUUAAUGAUAGAACCAAUCCAUUAGACAAGCAUGUCACCCUUAUGGCUGAUAUUUGUGGUAUUGAACCUUCACCACUGACUCCCCAAAUGUUUGGGAAUGCUGGAAUUGAGCAUAUGAAGAAAUAUGGGACAAAGCCAGAGCAUUUUGCUAAAAUAGCUUAUAAGAAUCACAAGCAUUCUGUUAAUAAUCCUUAUUCCCAAUUUCGUGAUGAGUACACUUUAGAACAAAUUUUAAAUUCACCUCAAGUGUUUGGACCUUUAACAAAAUUGCAAUGUUGUCCCACAAGUGAUGGGGCUGCGGCAGCUGUAUUAGCUUCUGAAAGUUUUGUUAAAAGUCAUGGUUUAGAAAACCAAGCUGUUGAAAUCUUAGGUCUUGAAGUUGCCACAGAUUUACCUUCAACCUUCCAAGAAAGGAGUUGUAUUAAAUUGGUUGGUUUUGAUCUUUCAAAGUUAGCCGCGGAGAAGGCUUUCCAAAAAGCAAAGCUUCGUCCGUCAGAUGUUCAAGUAGUUGAAUUACAUGACUGUUUUUCAACAAAUGAACUUAUUACUUAUGAAGCAUUAGGGCUAUGUCCUGUAGGUCAAGCAGGUCGUUUUAUAGACGCAGGAGACAAUACAUACGGUGGAAAAUACGUUAUAAACCCAAGUGGGGGUCUUAUUUCCAAAGGGCAUCCACUAGGAGCUACUGGAAUUGCCCAAUGUGCUGAAUUGUGUUGGCAGUUGAGGGGGCAAGCUGAUAAACGUCAAGUUUCGGGUGCAAAAGUUGCUUUACAGCACAAUCUUGGACUAGGUGGGGCUGCUGUUGUUGGAAUAUAUGCCCUAGGUUUUCCUUCUAGCCAACCAACUACUCAGAGAAGUCUAGAAUCUUCUAAUAAGGGGCCAGUUGGAUUUAAAGUAACCCCUUACUUAGCCAUUCUUGAAAAGGCUAUGAAUGAAGACCAGGACAAUUUAAUUGAAAGGCACAGGGGAAUAUAUGGAUUUAAAGUGAAAAAAGCUAGUGGGGAAGAAGCAUUUUGGGUCAUCAAUGCUAAGGUCGGCAAAGGAUAUGUUGAGUAUAAUUCCAAAUUAAAGCCUGAGGUAACGUUUAUUGUGAACGAUGAAGAUGUCGUUGAUUUGAUUUUGGGAAAAUUGAAUCCCCAAAAGGCGUUCUUUCAAGGCAAAGUGAAAAUUCAAGGUAAUAUGGGGCUGGCAAUGAAGCUGACUGAAUUACAACGUUCAGCAUCCAAGAAAAUUGAAGAAUUAAGAUCUAAACUCUAAAAUAUCUAUUAAAAUUUUUAAUUAUUGUAUUGUUAAUUUUAGUUACGGUUCUGGAUGUUAUUGUUUUAAAUGAUUUUUAUAAAUGCUUAGUGUAUGGUUAUUGUGGUGAUAAUAAGAUUAUAUUUUUGUAUUUUGUGAAAGGUAAAUUCUUAUACUAAAUUUCGUUUUACUAGGUAAUUCAAAAUAAACGUUAUAUAUUA